AUGGGUGAUUCACUCUACUCUCGUCUCUGGCGUCGAGAAUGUGGAAGUCGGCCGCCGCGGACCUCCCUCCGCGAAAUCUACGGGGCGAGGGAAUGGGUGGAGGAUCUGGACAUUGUGAAUGAGCUGGGCGGUCAUACGGGAUGUGUAAAUGCACUCAGCUGGUCGACUUCGGGGCGUCUGUUGGCGUCCGGCUCCGAUGAUCAACACUUGAAUAUCUACUCAUAUCAGCCCGACUCGUCCGAUGCGCAGUUUGCCCUGCACACAACCGUCGCCACCGGCCACAAGGCCAACAUCUUUUCCGUCAAGUUCAUGCCGCACUCCAACGACCGGACCUUGGUCACUUGUGCGGGUGACUCUCAAGUGCGCGUCUUCGACAUUGAAUACUCCAGCGCAAAUGGGGGCAGCGCUGCGACCUCGGCACUGGCCGCCUCCGCGCGCAGUCGCAAAUUCAACAACUUCUUCGAGGGUACGCGAUAUCUGCAUGCGGGAAAUACCAACGCCAGAGUCUAUCGCAGCCACGCCGAUCGGGUCAAGCGCAUCGUCACCGAGUCCUCGCCGCACCUGUUCCUGACAUGCUCGGAGGACGGGGAGGUGCGUCAGUGGGACCUUCGUCAACCCUCGGAGGCAUAUCCUCCUCCAGCCGGGGGCCAGGGCUUCAUGGCCUACCGCCCGGGCUUGGUUCAUGAUGACUCCAAUGUCCCACCGCCGCUUAUCUCAUACAAAAAAUUCCGAGUAGACUUGAACACGAUCUCGUGCUCUCCAAGUCAGCCACAUUACCUCGCGCUUGGUGGCGCUCACAUGCAUUGCUUCCUGCACGAUCGGCGCAUGCUGGGGCGGGAUCUGCUAGCCGAGAGAGGGAGCCCGGGAGGCUCCACUUCCAGCGCCGGCCCGUUGGGGGAGGAAAUGAUGGGGAAAGCCACGCGCUGUGUCCGACGAUUUGCGCCUCGGGGAAAGCGUCGUCUGAAGCAUCUCGACGACGGCCAUAUCACCGCCUGCAAGAUCAGCGACGCGAAUCCGGAUGAAAUGGUGGUGAGCUGGUCCGGUGAUCAUAUCUACAGCUUCGACCUGAUCCGCAGCCCCGAUGCUCGUGAUCAAUCUCCGGAUCCCCCUAAGGCCUCCCAAAAAUCCAAUCGUCGCAAGACCGAUGUACAGGGUCGUAAGCGUAAACGUCCGAAGCCAUCAUCCAUGUCCUCGCAGGAGGGUGGAGAGCGUCACCGGUCUCAUCAACGUCUGGGUGAAUCGGAUCUCUUUCAGGUGACGUAUGGAAAUGGCGAGUCCGAGGACAUUGUGUUUUCGGCAGCACCCGACGGUGACGAAAUGGCCAUGGUUCAACGAGCCCGAUACUCGAUGCUGAAUGAGCCUCAACGAUUCAGCAUGCAGAUUGCUAGAAAUCUUGUGAAGCUUCGCCAGAUCUUGUUCUCGUUGGAGCCCCCAGCCCGGGAGGCUAGUGAGACCGAGGAUCAGACGAGUCAGACUGAGGUCCAGCCUCGUGCGGGACAAUUCGCCACGGCCCGUUCGCAAGCCUCGGAUUUACUCUCGCAAAUGGAUCGUGUGAUGAGCGAAUGGCGCUAUCCGAUGAAUCCCUCUGAGGAGACGGUGACUUUCCAACAAACCCUUCGCUAUAAUCGGCAGGCAUCCUGGCGAUUCGUUCAGGCUGCCGGUACUUUAGCCUCCAUCCUGUCCGGCGAGAGUUGGGACCUUGGAGCCCCUACCAAUGCGGCCAAGUUCUCACAGAUCACCCCAGCUCCCAACGAAGACGAGUCCAUUGAUCCUGAAGCUCAAUUUGCAUACGACUUUCUCAAGGCAAUCUUGCUCUGGAUUCAAGGUGGCCGUCCGGCCUUGCUUCGGGGAUUUCAAAUGGACCAUCAACCUAGGCGAGUGGAGGGACGGUUCCCCCUUCCAGUCACGGCCACCGAUAGUGCGAUUGACACGAUUUUGCUGCCUUAUCUGCAAGGUCUUGCUCGGGACACGCCGGUAGUCAAUGUGGACGCCUCACGCUUCGAGCACGACUCGUCUCGCAUUCUGUUCCAGACCCAGGUCGCAGCCGUGACCGCGUUUGGAAAUGCAGUGCGCCUACCGUUGGAAGAACUGGGCGCUUCAGCAGCUCGAUUUGACCGUCGUCGGGUAUCGAAUCCAUCAUCUCAAGUCCGGUCCCUAGAUCGGGCCUCGGCCACUAGAUUCUGGGUCUUUCGUGUGGGACGUGGCAUUCUGAUGCAAGCAGGAAAAGACGUUACUCAUUCUUUUGUGAAUCGUGCAUUCGGGGGCAUUCAUACGACCUUGGACGAUGACAAUUCUAGCGAGGUAGAGGUCGAGAGAUCUCAGGACGACAUCAAUACUGAGGAGGAUGACCUCCGGACAAGGGCUCUUGCAGCACACGGAGCAUCUCGCUCUGGGUUGAUUCCCCCCUCAGAUGGUAGUUCCGGGUCUUCGCCCCUUGUUGGGUCCGGAUUCAGGGCUGGGUCGGACGCAGAGUGCGCCCUCGACGACUGCUUGAGUGAGAGGGUCGAUGACAGCGACGAUGAAGAAGCAGAAGAAGAAGAAGCGGAGAGUGAGGAGGACGAGGAGGAAGACGAAGAGGAGGAAUUGGACGCUUGGUAUAUGGGUUCGGACAAUUUCUCUAAUGCUGACGAAGAGUUGGAUGAUGAAGAGGGCGAUGAUCCUCUUGCUCGUGGUUUACGGACCAAGCCUUCCCACGGUGAAGUCGAGGCUCACACUCCUGUUUCGAGCCAUAAUCAAGUUUACCGGGGACAUUGCAAUAUCAAGACCGUGAAGGAUGUCAACUUCUUUGGUCUCAACGAUGAAUACGUCGUCAGUGGCAGUGACUCGGGUCAUGUUUUCAUGUGGGACCGCAAAACAGCCCAGCUUGUGAACAUCCUGGAAGGAGAUAGUGAAGUGGUUAACGUGGUGCAAGGUCAUCCGUAUGAGCCGGCUAUUGCCGUUUCGGGUAUUGACCAGACGAUCAAAAUUUUCUCUCCGGAUCGUCACGCUCAAGAUCUCGCUCGCAGGGGUAUCAACAUUCUUGAUCCGCACAACCCAGCAAAUGUCGCUGGUUCGAUUGCACGCAAUCUGGGCGGGCUGGAGAGUCGCAAGCGAAUUCAGAACAGUUAUCGCAUUAUGAGCCAAAAUGACGUUGACCGUCGGGGGGGCAUGAGUGAAGCUUUUAUUACGAGGAGUAUGCUAGCGCGUCUGGCCGCCACUCUUCAAGGCGGACAGGCUGGUUCCGGUGGUAUGACGGCGAGCGGUGAUCCUGGUGAGCCGAUACCUGUCAUGCUUGGCGACAAUUGCACUGUGAUGUGA